AUGGAAAACCCAGGAAGAACAGAUGGAAAAAUCCUUUGUGGGCAAAAGACAGACUUGAAUUUACUGCUUGAAUGUCUGAAAUAUCAAAUGGACAGCCCUGUGACUCAGAAACAAGCCCUGAUCACUAUCCAUUCAAUAUGUCAACAGAAUAGUGAAGCAAGUGAUUACUUUCGUGAGAUUGGAGGCUUACAGUUCGUUAAUGGACUUAUAAAACUGAGUGAUGCUUCUAUCCUUCGGGAAGCAGCCUUGUUCACUUUAGGAGCUUUAGCUGAAAGCAGUGUGUACUGCCAACAGAGUUUGUGCACUGCAGAAUUGCUGUCUGGUGUUGCCUUGUCACUUGCUCAGGAGGAUGCUUCAUUGAUUCUGAAGAGGAUGAAUGUCUACAUGAUCCUGGUGCUGGUGUCACACAACAAGAUUGGACAAACAUUGGCGAGGACAACUGGAUGUAUUGAUGUUCUUCUGAAUUUGUUCAGGACAAGUUUUCCAAUGUCAGACAAGCAGUCCAUAGAUGAAAAUAUUGGUCGGUCCUUCGAGCUGUGGUCAUCUAUUAGUAGCACACUCUGUGCUUGUGUCAACAAUCCACAAAAUGAAGAGAACCAGAGACUGUGUGCAGCAGCUUUUCCAUUUGCAAAAGAUUGUCUGCAGAAAUGCAUCAGGCAAGAAGUAAUCCGGCCCAUUUGUGCAUUUAUUGGACUCGCCGUUGCUAACAACUCAUACGUACAGGACUACUUUUGCAGAGUUGGUGGCCUGGAUGCUGUUGCUCAGAUUCUUGUGAGGUUGGUGGAUGAAUCCAUAAGACAUCAUUCUAGCAGAGAGCUGGCAAUAUCUGUGGUUAAAACACUAAAUUCCUGCAUUUCAGAAAAUCCUCCUGUGGUUUCCCGCUUAUUGGAAUAUUUUAUCGUACCCAAGCUUGUAGCACUGUUGUUACAGAAUGAUCUUGACAUAAACAGUAAAUUGGGCAUUAUUCUUGCUAUUGGGCACUGUACUGAUGGAUGUGAAGCACAUCAGUAUCAGCUACUGCAAAGCAAUGGGCUUCCACUUAUGAUUCAAAUAGUAGCUGAAUCUCAGGAUGAGGAGCAAAGGAAAGCAGCUACCUUUGUUCUACAGAGUUGCCAGUUAAUAACUGAGAAACUAUCGAAGAGUCUGAUGGAGAAUGUUCAACCAAGCGGAGACACAGUUACUACAUAUGGCAUUGAUUAUCCCAAAAACAACAGUCUGAAAGAUUACUGGAAAUUUGCAGAAGGAUUUCUAAGUAGGAUAAAGACAUUAGAAAAACAGCAAGAAGAGGUUAACUAUUCACUUAAUCUGUGUUCAGAUUUAAUUAAUAUUGAAAUCACUAGCACUCUUACCAGUCCUGCACCAUCACUUACUGCAGGCCAAGAUUUCCGAUGCUCAGGUUGUUCAACAGUAGCAGCAUCCCUGAAUAGUAGAAAUUUCUGUAAAAUUCUUCAGUUGUGUCCCAAUAAAUGUGAUCGACACAAAGUGAUUCAAGAAUGUGAAGAUAGAUACAAAAAGGAAUUAAAGAAGUUAUUAACCUGUCACAAGCGAAUUUUGUUGGCGGCGAGAAGGAAGCAGGUUGUUUCUUUUCAGAAAAGUUCACCAUUCGGAAUAAAGAAAAGGAGAAAACGUAAAAAUUUCACAGAAGAGGAAGUUGGCUUCCUGCUAGAUGGAGUGAGGAAAAUGGGAUAUCAUUGGAAUUCCAUACUUUGGUCCUACCCAUUCCAGAAAGGAAGGACCAAUGUCGAUCUGUCACGCAAGUAUCGGACAUUGCAGAAAGGAAACUCCCCAAGAAAGAUCUAAAGACCCAAGACAGCUCAAUGGAAUGAAGGUGGCUUCACAUACAAG